GGCGGCUACUUGCACACAAACACUAAUAAUAAAAUGAAUUGUUGACUAUCUUUCUCAUAGUGCCUACCAGUCAAAAUACAGAGAAUCUCAAUCCUAAUUUGCAAAUUCAUCGAUAGACACUAAAAUUCUCUUAUUUUUGUUCCUAUAUUCUCCAACUCUGUUAACAUUCUCUGGUUAUCUGGUACAUCGUUUUACAAGCUGGUAAAUUUCCAGUUGCUUCCAUGGCCACUCAAACAGCUUCCUCUUCCUCUUCCUCUUCUUCUUCUUGGAAAUAUGAUGUCUUCCUUAGUUUUUGCGGUGUUGACACCCGCAAGACUUUUACAGACCAUCUCUAUACUGCUUUGAAACAGAAAGGUAUUAUCACCUUUAGGGAUGAUGAGAAACUUGAGCGAGGAAAAUAUAUUUCUGCAGAACUCUUGAAAGCAAUAGAAGAGUCCAAGUAUGCGAUCGUUGUUCUCUCACCAAACUACGCUUCUUCAAGGUGGUGCUUGAUUGAACUAGCAAAGAUUGUUGGAUGCAUGAAGGUGAUCGGGUUGACAGUUUUGCCAGUAUUUUUCCAUUUGGAUCCCUCUGAUGUACGGAACCAGAUGGGAACUCUCGUUGAAGCCUUUGCUAAACAUGAAAAAGAUCCUAAGGUCAGCACUGAAGAUGUACAAGCAUGGAAAGGUGCUUUGAAAGAAGUGGGCAAUAUCUCCGGAUGGCAUUUACAUGAUAGACAUGAAUCAAUAGUUAUCCAAGAAAUUCUUAAAAGCAUAUUUACUGAAUUGAAUUGCAAAUUCUCAAGUACUGAUUCUAAGGACCUUGUUGGAAUAGACUCCCGUGUGAAAGAAAUGUUGGAUCCAUAUUUGAAUGAAGGGUUGAGUAGUGUUCGCUUUGUAGGGAUUUGCGGGAUGGGAGGAAUGGGUAAAACAACUCUCGCAGAAGAAAUUUAUAAAAAAAUUUCUAGUAACUUUGAAACUAGCAUCUUUAUUGCUAAUAUUAGAGAAGAAACUAAAAAUCAAUGUCUAUUUUCUUUACAGAAACAACUUCUUUCUAAAAUCCUUAUGGAAAGCAAGAUAAACAUAUGGGAUGUUCGUGAGGGAGUCAAUCUUUUAAGGAACAGAUUACGUAAUAAGAAGGUUCUUAUUGUUCUUGAUGAUGUGGACAGAGAAGAACAACUAGAAGCAUUAGCAGGGAAACAUGAUUGGUAUGGUCUAGGGAGUAGAAUUAUUGUAACAAGUAGAGAUAGCCAUUUGUUGAGAAGACAUGGAAUGGAUGAUAUAUAUAUAGCUAAAGGGUUGAAUGAUGAUGAAGCUUUGGAGCUUUUUAGUUGUAGAGCUUUCAAGAAACCCCAUCCUGAGGAAAAUUAUGGGGAUUUGUCUAAGGAUUUUGUGAAUUAUGCUAAUGGCCUUCCUUUAGCACUUAAAGUAUUAGGUUCUGCAUUAUUUGGUAGAAGAAUGGAUGCAUGGAAGAGUGCUCGAGAUAAACUAAAAGCAGAACUUGAUAGCAACAUUAUGGAUAUACUUCAAAUAAAUUUUGAUGGGCUAAUGGAUACACAAAAGGAACUAUUUUUACAUAUUGCAUGUUUCUUCAAAGGAGAGGAUGUAUAUUGCAUAAGAGAUAUACUAGAAAGUUUUGGUUACUAUCCAGACUAUAAUAUUGAUGUUCUUAUGGACAAAUGUCUCAUUACCAUUAAUGAAAUGGGAACUUUGUGGAUGCAUGAUUUGCUACAAGAAAUGGGUCAAGAAAUUGUUCGUCGUGAAUCUCCUAAAGAGCCGGGUGGACGUAGUAGGUUGUGGCUGUAUGACGAUAUCCUUCAUGUGUUGAAGAAUAAUACAGGAACAGAGGUAGUUGAAGGCAUAGUUCUAAAAAAACCUAUUCAUAAAGAGGAACAAUUGAAUGCUAAAGCCUUUUCAAAGAUAAAAAAAUUGAGAUUGCUUAAAAUUGGUAAUGUGCAAGCUCCACAAGGCCUCAUUAGAGGUAAUGUGCAACUACUACAAGGCCAAAUUAAAGGUAAUGUGCAACUUCCACAAGGACUCAAAUAUCUCCCUAAUGAGUUACACAUUAUAGAAUGGCAUGGAUAUCCUUUAAAAUCUAUGCCAACAAGUUUCAAACCAAACAAACUUGUUGAAUUCAUAAUGCAUUGCAGCAACAUCAAACAACUGUGGAAAGGAACUAUGCAGAAUUUAGAUGGGUUAAAACUCAUAGACUUGAGUGACUCUCAAAACUUGAUUGAAACCCCGAACCUUAGUGGAGUCCCAAAUCUUAAGCAACUAAUUCUUCGACAUUGCACAAGUUUGUAUAAGAUUCAUGAAUCUCUUGGAAAUCUUAAAUUGCUUAUUCGAUUGGAUCUGAAUGGUUGCGAACGCCUUGAAAGCUUUCCACACAAGAUCAACUUGGAAUCUCUUGAAAUUUUUGUUCUUUCUGGUUGUUCAAGAUUGAAGAAGUUUCCUAAGAUUGUGGGAAAUAUGUCACGUUUGUCAGAGCUUUAUUUGAACGAGACUGAUAUCAAAGAUCUACCAUUAUUUGUGGAGCAUUUAACUGGGCUUAUUAAAUUGGAUUUAGGAUACUGCAAAAACCUUUCAAGUCUUCCUGAUGCCAUUUGUAGUUUGACGUCUCUAAAAACUCUUAGUUUAUCUGGAUGCUCAAAACUUUACAAAUUACCAGAGAACUUGGGGAAUCUUGAAGGUUUGGAGGAGCUUGAUCUAACUGAAACUGCUAUAAGAGAGCUACCUUCCUUAAAUUAUCUAAAAGUACUACAUCUACAUGGAUGUAAAGAGUUAUCACCUAAAUCAUCAAAUAAGUUCCUCAGUUUUCCUUUAAUGCACGGAAGAAGAAGUCCAAAUCCCAUGGCUAUGUUAGAGCAUUCUUUAUCAGGCUUAUGGUCUUUGACCGAUCUGGAUCUAAGUUAUUGCAAUCUUCAAGCAAUUCCUUAUAUUCUUGGCUCCAUGUCAUCUUUAGAAAAUUUAAAUCUAAGAGGAAAUAAUUUUGUUUGCCUUCCUAAAAGCAUCAUUGAACUAUCUAAACUGCAAAGGCUUUAUUUGAGUGGUUGCACAAGUCUUCAAUCAUUGCCCAAGCUUCCAUUAAGUAUUAAAGCAAUUGAUGCAACAGAGUGUACCUCAUUGGAAACAUUAUCAUUCAGACCAGAAGAUGAUUUUCAUCCAGAAUUUUGUCUUCUCAAUUGUGACAAAUUGAUUGAGAAUCAAGGCUAUAGUGACAUGUUGUUAACAAUGUCAAGACGUUAUUUCAUCAAGGGGCUGGAAACAAGCAUUGAAUCAAGUCGAUGAUAAUGGAUUCAGUCAGAUUGAGAUCAUAUUUGAAACCGAUGGUCUAGGCUUGAAGGUUACAAAAUGUGGUGCCCAUUUGGUAUUUGAGCAGGAUGUUGAAGAUCUCAAACAAAAUAUGGUUAGGCCUAGCAGCUGUAGCAUCACUCCUUAUGACAAUGAUUUAGAAGAUUCAACAAAAAAUACCAAAAUUAAGCGAAGUCAUGAUGACUUGGUGGGGAUGAGGCUGGACCUAGUGGAGAAGGUACCUCUAACUCUAAUGAUGGAAACAUACCACAACCAAAAAGGAUUCGACUCUCUAAUCUAAUUGAAAGAUUCACUCCAAUUUUGGGAAAUUUGUUUGGAAAUUUAAGCACACAAUUACAAGGAAACUCUGAUUGUGAGGAAGAGGAAUCCCCGUGAAAGUGGCAGCUUUGAUGAAUUUGCAGGGUUCUUUUUUCCUGAUUUUUGGUAUUUUGGAUACGAUGAAAUUAUUGGACUUUUUUUGGCAACGAGAUAUUAUCACAUUGCUAGCAGGCAAGAAGAUGUGUGCAAUUUCUUUUGAAACCAAAGUGAUAGAAGAUAUGUGCAAUUGAUUGUGUGCUCAUCAUUUUUGUUCAAUUUUGUUAGAGGGUCGGCACUUUUGCUGUUCUAUUUAUGGUAUUUGCUAUAAUUUUCCAUAGGAGAUUACAAUAGAUGCAUGCCACUUCAAUGUGUAAUCAAAUGGAAAGAAGAAAAUUUGGGCCCUUUUU